AUUUGUUAAAAAAACAAUCUGAAUUCGGUUUCCUCCUCAAAACAAAACUGACAAAACCAUCUUCCUCUGCCUCGUAAUUCAAAAUCACCUUAAAGUCAAACUGAAGCAAUAUUCUACAAUUCUCGAUAUUCUUUAACACCACAUACGAAUCCCACUCAUAAUUCAUCCUAAUUCAAUCUCAACCUCUCUUGAAUUCACCAAAAUGAACUUUAAGCUCAACGUGAUUAUUACUCUAGUACUAGUAGCAACCUUAACAUGCUUCGUCUUGGGUUUUGCUCAUGCUAAUGGAUUCGGUGAACAACCACUCUCCAAAAUCGCUAUUCACAAAACCGUUGUUUCACUCCACACUACUGCCUCUGUUACAGCCACUCCUUCAAUUCUCGGCACUAAGGGUGAAGAUACUCAAUGGGUCACUGUUGAUUUUGAUUUUCCUCAUCCAUCUCUUGAUGAUUGGAUUGGAGUUUUCUCUCCUGCAAAUUUCAAUUCAUCAACAUGCCCACCUGUAAAUGAUCCGAAAGAACAGGUUCCGUUUAUAUGUACGGCCCCAAUUAAGUACAAGUUUGUGAAUUACUCAAACUCAGACUAUAUCAAGAAGGGAAAAGCUUCUUUGAGAUUUCAGUUGAUCAAUCAACGUGCGGAUUUCUCCUUCGCGCUAUUCUCCGGCGGAAUAUCAAAUCCUAAACUUGUGGCUGUUUCCAAUUUCAUAUCAUUUGCUAAUCCUAAAGCGCCGUUGUAUCCUCGUCUGGCUCAAGGGAAGUCUUGGGAUGAAAUGACAGUUACAUGGACAAGUGGAUAUGGUAUAAAUGAAGCAACACCUUUUGUUGAAUGGGGUUCUGGGGGAAAAACGCCCGGGCAAAGUCCUGCUGGAACAUUGACAUUUGAUCGUAACAGCAUGUGUGGUUCACCUGCACGAACGGUUGGUUGGCGUGACCCUGGUUUCAUACACACAAGUUUUCUCAAAAAUCUGUGGCCAAAUUUAGUGUAUACAUACCGAUUAGGUCAUCUUUUGUCUAAUGGUUCGUACAUUUGGAGCAAGAAGUAUUCGUUCAAAUCAUCGCCUUAUCCCGGACAGGACUCACUGCAGCGUGUUGUCAUAUUUGGUGACAUGGGCAAAGCCGAGCGUGACGGUUCAAAUGAGUAUAGUAACUACCAGCCUGGGUCAUUAAACACCACUGAUCAGCUUAUCAAAGAUUUAAAAAAUAUAGACAUUGUUUUCCACAUAGGAGAUAUAUCAUAUGCAAAUGGAUACAUCUCCCAGUGGGACCAGUUCACAGCUCAAGUGGAACCAAUUGCAUCAACAGUACCAUAUAUGAUUGCCAGUGGUAAUCACGAACGUGAUUGGCCCGACACAGGAUCCUUUUACAACACCACAGAUUCAGGCGGCGAGUGUGGAGUUUUGGCUGAGACCAUGUUUUAUGUUCCAGCUGAAAAUAGAGCAAAGUUUUGGUAUGCAACGGAUUAUGGCAUGUUUCGCUUCUGCAUAGCUGACACUGAACAUGAUUGGCGAGAAGGAUCUGAACAGUACAAAUUCAUUGAGCAUUGUCUUGCAACAGUAGACAGACAAAAACAACCAUGGUUGAUCUUUGCGGCUCAUCGUGUACUUGGAUAUUCCUCUGACUUUUGGUAUGGGUUGGAAGGGUCAUUUGAAGAGCCGAUGGGAAGGGAAAGUUUGCAGAGACUUUGGCAGAAAUAUAAAGUAGAUAUUGCAUUUUAUGGCCAUGUCCAUAACUAUGAAAGGACAUGCCCCAUUUAUCAGAAUCAAUGCGUGAAUACAGAAAAAUCUCAUUAUUCAGGCAUAGUGAAUGGAACAAUUCACGUUGUUGUCGGAGGAGCAGGAAGCCAUUUGUCCAAUUUCAGCCAAGUAACUCCAAAGUGGAGUCUUUACAGAGACUAUGACUUUGGGUUUGUCAAGUUAACAGCAUUCAAUCAUUCAUCCCUACUAUUUGAAUACAAAAAAAGUAGCGACGGAAACGUCUACGACUCUUUUUCUGUUUCAAGGAAUUACAGAGAUGUCCUAGCUUGUGUGCAUGAUGGUUGUGAACCGACCACCUUAGCAUCUUGAAAAGGAGCAGAAACCAUCUAUGUUUCUCCAAAGAAAUUAAAAACAGAGAAACAUAUAUGCAUUGAGACGCAUAUACAUUAUUAGGUCUUUAUACACUCAAAAUUAUAGUAAAGAACCUCAUGGUUAUGGUUCAAGUGUGCUUACAUAUUGCUAAAACUGGCAUACAUUAGGUCUUUAUACACUUUAAACUACACUAAUAUUAUUUAAGGUUCUCAAUGUCUCAUCUAUUUGAGAAAUAAAGACAAUGUCUACCCAAUUGAACUGCAUCUUUAUUUUUUUAUAUUUUUUGUAAAGAUACAUUUUUUUUAUUAUUACCAUACACAUAUAUGGCUUUCCUUUUUCUC